AUGAUUAAUCCAAAAAUCCUUUACAGCUUCAUAAGACAGAGCACACGGAACAAAGAUCCUGUCCCACUGCUGCGAACGGCUGAGGGUGUGGAAAUCUCCGAUGACAAGGAUAAGGCUGAACAUCUCUCUCAGUUCUUCCGGUCAGUCGUGACAAUUGAACCUGCUUUUUCCUCACCCGCUUAUGAAGACGAUGAAACGCCUACCCUCGAAGCCGUCUUCUUCACCGAAACAGUUGUUCGGAAUAAGUUACUAAACCUAAAAGAAUCGACCUCCCCAGGCCCUGAUACAAUCCCGGCCAAGCUGCUGAGGGAAAUAGCUCCCGAAAUGUCCAAACCGUUAGCCUUGGUCUUUCAAACGUCAUUUGUUACUGGAUGCCUGCCCUCUGACUGGAAGUCCGCUACCAUCACUCCGCUUUUUAAGGGUGGAAGUCGUGCGUCUGCGAAUAAAUACAGGCCAGUGAGUCUUACCUCCAUCUGUUGCAAAAUCAUGGAGAAAAUCAUUAAGAAGGCCUUGGUGCAGUUCCUCGAGCAGCACCAUCUCCUUUCUGAUGCCCAACACGGCUUUCGAAGUGGUAGGUCCUGCCUCACGAAUCUGCUCUUUACGCUCGAACGAUGGACUAAAGCACGUGAUGAAGGCAAGGUGGUGCACGCCAUCUACAUCGACUUCAAAAAGGCUUUCGACAGCGUUCCUCAUCAACGUCUCUUGUACAAACUGCGCAACGCUGGAAUUCGUGGACGCCUUCUUGUAUGGAUCCAGAGCUUUUUGGCUGGACGGUCCCAGAGAGUGCGGGUCGGGCGUCAACAGUCCUCAGAGGUAAGCGUGGUGAGUGGCGUCCCACAGGGCUCAGCCUUAGGUCCCACGUUAUUUCUCGUUUUCAUAAAUGACUGCGUCAAGUACCUAGACUGUGAUGCUAUCCUGUUUGCCGACGACAUAAAAUUGUGGAAAAUUAUUCACGAUGCGGCAGACGCAGACCACCUGCAAGCAAACUUGAACAGGCUCGAAGACUGGUCGAAGCGCUGGCUUAUGCCCUUCAAUAUAAGCAAGUGUAACUUUCUUCAACUCGGCGGCUUCAGAGCCCCCAGCCCAGGACCUACUUUCUACACGGCACACCACUGCAACAGAUUGACAGUCAGAAGGACCUGGGUGUAUGGAUUACAUCUUCACUCAAACCAACACUGCACUGCGCGAAGGCGGCUUAAUCGGCUACGGCCACAUUGCAACUCAUUAGGCGAGCAUUUAUGGGAUUUGACCCUGACUGCUUUUCCAAAAUAUUUGGCACCUUCGGGCGACCUCAUCUAGAAUACGCCAUACAGGCGUGGAGACCCUGGACUGCCAAGGAUUAUACCGUCUUGGAGAAGGUCCAGAGACGGGCGACCAAAAUGACACAAGGUCUAGGAGCACUGCCCUAUGAAACCAGACUGUCAAUCCUCAACCUGUUUCCCCUUUCCUACAGGCAAUUACGUGGUGACCUUAUACUAACAUUUCGCAUCAUCAACGGCCUAGACUGUUGGUUAGAUCCCACUGAUUAUUUCACCCAAGCUAACACGCCCACUUUGCGCGGUCAUCCCCUAAAACUACGCGCGGGGAAAUCAAGAAUCAAUGGACGGAAGUUCUUUUUCAGUAACAGAGUGGUUGCAGCGUGGAAUGCCCUGCCUACUGAUGUUGUAGCCUCCCCCUGUGUGUAUUCCUUCAAGUGUAGACUUGACAUUCAUCAAGCUUCCCAAUUACCACCCCCACAUCCACUCACAUAACCCGGUACCAUCUUAUACUUGUUUAUACUACUUGUGAUUAGUAAGUAACCACUAAUGAUUACUCUUUUUCGACUAGCUGCCAGCUGUCCGCGAGUAUGUACAAAAUCCCUUUUUCACCUUCCCAUUUAUCAAUGUUUUUCUCCGACGACUGGUAACCAAGAGGGAGUUCAAAGGCACUUGCCUAUAUUUCCCUUAAUAAACUGACACUGAUACUAAAUUGCUGAGAAAAAUUUCGUUAUCUGAGUGCUUGUAGGACGGUUUGACCGUCGAACCGUUUUGUAUAUCUUAUCUGAGUGCUCUGUGUGAUUACCUUUUUGCCUCGACCUAAACUUUCUUGGCGUUGGAAAUCGCCGUUCUCGCCUAUGGUAGAUUGGGGUUACUAGCGCUGUUAUGCGGAAAUUCCGGAGCACUUGGUUGAUUUCGGGACAUAUGAGCGAGGUAACCGAGGUGUCCUUUAAGUCAGUUAAAAGUCAGUUACUUAAGUGAAUGAGACUUCUGCCACAGAGAUCCCUAUUUACAUCGAUAAACAAAGAUGGAGUAAAUUGCUAUACAAGUAGAUAUGGAAAUUUAAAAGUUAACGGUAUGUGUGAGCCAGGCGCAAACUGCCACCACUAAAACAUUCGUGAUUAUAUUUACAGUACUUUCUCAGCAAAUGAGCGUCUAGUCUGCAUUUAAAGGAUUCAACUGCUUCGGAAAGAACCACGGAGUCAGGAAGUCCGUUCCAUGCUCCAAUGAUCGUCUGUGAGGAGGCAUUCCGUCGGACGUUUGUAUGGGUUAGCUUUUUCUGCAGUUCAAAGGGAUAACCGCUUGGAUGGCCCCUCCCGGUCAAUUUGAGGAAGUCCUCAAAUUCUAAAGCACACUGACGGUCUGCGAAAAUCAGGAAAGUUUGUAUGAGAUCAAAGCGCAGUUGCCUAUAAUCAAGAGAAAAUAGAUUUAGUCCAGCCAGUCUGCUUUUUAAGACAGAUGAUCAAGAUUUUUGAGCAUUGUUGUAGCCUCCGCCUCUACUCAUUCGUUGUUUAUAAUUCUUGAACUUCAGUCGACAGGCCUGGACUGCAUACUCUAAGUGAGACAGAAUGAAAGCCCGUAGGUUUUUCUAAACAGUUCACUAUCGGUCUGCACAUAUCCUCUUCUCAGCGCAAAUUGUGUCCGUAUCGUGCAUCCGACUGCCCUUUGACAUUGUGAAAAUGGUUUACGAGAGGAGGUCAUUGGAACGCCAAGGUCCUUCUGUUCCUCAACAUUUGAAAGGGAUGUCCAUCAAGGAAGUAUAAAUAGGAAUCGUCCUCCUUACUGAUUCUUCUGGUACGGAGUCUCAGGACCACAUUUCUGCCCACAUUUAAAAUGAGGAGCCAAGGAUGUGAGCAAUUGCUCAGCUGGCUGAGACUCUCUUAAAGCGCGUACUUGUCUGCGUCAGAUCUGAUGGUUCUCCAUUGCUUAACACCGUCGACAAUCAUGAUGGGUUUGAAUCUCAGGUCGUCGACCAGUUGUCAGUGUAAACUAAGAGUAGUACAGGCUGAGCCUUGGGGAAAGCCUCCUGGAACGGUUGUAGGAGUUGAUUUCGAGGCAUCACCACUCACGGUUUGUGAUCUUCCUGAGAAAAAAUCUGCGAUCCCUGUUAGCAACUCUCCUCUUAUUCCAAUUUCAGACAGUUUGUAGAUUAGGCGUUUGAGUGGAGCACUGACGAACGCCCUGCCGAAGCCCGUGUAGAUGACAUCGACCUAACCAUCCACGUCAAGUGCGCGAGUCCAAUGCCCAGUCGAGAGCAAUAAACCCGAAAGGCACGGGUGGUUUCGUCUGAAGUCAUGCUACAAUCCUGAUAAUGGGUGGUUCUGCUCCAGAAACUUCAUCGUUUCUUUCUUUACCAUGGCUUCCAUUAUUUUACAGCAGAUUCAGUUGAGACUGGCGGGCAGGCAAUUGUUAGCACCAGUGCGCAUCCCCACCAUCGUAUAUCGGAAAGGACUUUUCUGCCUUCCAUUCGGAUGGCAGCCUCCUUAAUUCGAAUGACGAACGGAAGAUGUGUGCAUGGUGGUUUGUAGAGCUCGUUUGCCAAUGCUUUCAAAAGUUUGGCCGGUAGAUUGCCCAAACCCGACGACUUUGCUUCUUUGAGAUUUAAAAGAUUUCUUUCCACGACAGAUGCCGUGAAGAGUAUAUAUUCAAGCAAGGGACCAACAGUCUCAACAGAAUUUCUGACACUAUGACUCUGAAACUCCGUUUCCCUGGUGAAAAACCGAGCAAAGUACCAUACAGUGUGUUCGGCUCUCUCGUCGUUUUUAACGCUUUCUACACUAUCUUCUCCCUUUAGUACUGCGAUCGGGUCCUUUGUCCAAUCUAUUGUUAAUAUUAGUGAAAUAGUGAUAUGAUAGGGUCCCCACGGGUCUUGACUAAAAAUUAUUACUAUUAUAAUUAUUAGUAUUAAUAUAGUGAAAUCAAAUCUUGGGCUUCUCUUCAGCCUGUCGGAUAAUUCCGGAUUCACAGUUCUUUCCUGCCUGACGGAUGCGUUUUCUGACCGCAUUUCGUUGAUGACGAAAUUCCUCGAGGUGCACUGGUGGCCCAGUUUCUCUGAAUAUCUUCCAAAUUUUUCUUUUCGUCCCUAAUAGUCUAUUCAGUUUAUUUCAGUUUAUUUGGUAAGGAUAAUAGGCAAAGCCUUUGAAAACCCUAUUGAUUACAUGUCAGCUCGUUAGAAAUAACUGUACAUAAACUAAAUAACGAACACGCCCAUAAUGGUGGGACAAAAUGAGAAGGACUUACAGGGGGUGAGCGCGACUUCCCAUAGCUCUUGGUCAUUUCGGAACAUAAAUAUGUCCAGAUUCUUCUUAAAACUUUGUUUAGAUGGGGACAUCACAACAUCUGCGUGCAGCUCAUUCCAUGGUUUGACCACCCGAACCGAGAAGGUGAACUUCCGCACAUCCAGCCGUGCCUGCUGAGUGCGCAGUUUUAACGGGUGACCUCGGAGGUUGGUCGUGGUAGCAAAUUCAAAAAACGUCCUCGAAGGCCAGACUGUAAUCAAACCCCUUUACAAUGCGGAAGGCUUGCAAGAGAUCCCCGCGAAGUUGCCUGUAACUCAAAGGAAAGAGAUUCAGAUUUACUAGGCGGGUUGCAUAAGGAAAGGAGCUUUGACCCCUAACCAUCUUCGUGGCUCUCCUCUGGACUCUUUCGAGGCAGUUUUGAUCCUCAACAGCCCACGGCCUCCAAGCUUGUAUGCUGUACUCUAAAUGCGGCCGGACGAAUGUUCCAAAUGUCUUAGAGAAAGCUUCUUCGUAAAAGUUCAUAAACGCACGCUUCAUGGCGUACAGUACUGACAUUGCGCUUUUUGCAACCUUCGAACAGUGGGCGGAUGGUUUUAGGGAACUCGUCGUAAGCACACCGAGGUCCCUUCGGGCUUCGACCUCUUGUAGGGCUGCACCGCCCAGAAAGUAGCCUCUUGUGCUGGCGGAUCUGGCUGUGUUGCCUAGACGAAGUAUGCUACAUUUGGCAACGUUGAACCGCAGGAGCCAACGGUUUAACCACUCCUCCAACCGAUUCAGGUUCAUCUGCAGUCUGUCUUCAUCGGCAGGACCCUGAAUUACACUCCAUAUCUUCAUGUCGUCCGCAAACAUUGCUACUUCACAGUCUAAAUUUCUUGCGGCAUCGUCCACGUAGAUAAGGAACAAAAUGGGUCCCAGAACUGAACCCUGGGGGACACCACUAUCGACCAUACCCGGAUCUGAUUUUCCCCGACCGACGCACACAACCUGGUGUCGACCCACAAGGAAGAUUUCGAUCCAUUUAAGGAAAUUGCCACCGAUCCCUAUUUUUUCAGCUUAUGUAAGAGUCUUUGGUGUGGCACAAAGUCGAACGCCUUCUGGAAGUCGAUGAAGGCUAUGCGGACCGCGUGCCUGUCGUCGAGAGCUCGGGUCCAGCUCUGGAGAGAUUGCAGCAAGUUUGUCGUGCAGGAUCUUCCUUUUCGGAACCCAUGUUGGCGUUUCGAUAGCAGGCCGUGACCUUCCAGGAAUUGCAUCAGUUCAGUCUUUAUGAUCCUUUCCAUCACUUUGCAGAGAAUGCAUGUCAAGCUUAUGGACCGGUAAUUUGUCGUCGCUGCCCUGUUGCCUCCUUUGUGUAGCGGAGUAAUAUGCGUCAGCUUCCAAUCGACAGGAAGUGUUCCAGUGUCAAAUGACGUUUGAAAGAGCAUCGACAAAGGCACAGAGAGCUCACGGGCAAGUUCCUUGAGAAGCUUGGAUGGAAUCUCGUCUGGUCCUGGCGACUUCGAUUCGUUCAAUGCCUCUAAUUCUCUUCGGACAAUGCGUUCUGAGAAGAGUAUAUCACUGACGCUUGGAGUCGGCAGUUCUUCUGUGGAGGGAGGAAGGAAACUUGCCUCGUUUGUAUAGACUGAUUGGAAAAACCGUGAAAAAUACGCAGCUUUAUCCCUACUAUCAGCUAUCUCAACGCCAUCAGUAGUCUUUAUCAAGGGGAUUUGAUGCCUGUUCCUUGUAGUUCGUCGGAGGUAGCUGUAGAGCAAUUUUGGGUUCUGCGUUGCUUUUUGUAGCAAGUUCUUCUCGAAUUCCCGCCGCGUCUGAAUUAUCAGCUUCCUCAGUUAGUUCCUCUGUGCCUUGUAGGUGUUGAGGCAUUCAGCUUGUCUAGUGACACAGUAUUUUCUCCACAAUUUGUGCUUCCUGUUGAUUUCUUUCUUGAGGUUGCUAUUUAGCCACCCAGGGCGUUUGUUCAGUCAUACACUAGUCAGUGGGCAGUGGUUGUUGAUGAGCUGCAGAAGGACAUUCUUGAACAGCUACCAGUCAUCGCUGACACUUCCCGUAAGCAUUGAGCCCCAGUCAAGACCGGAUAAGUCUGCCCUCAUCUGAUUGAAGUCGCCCCUCCAAACAUUACGUCUUUUGUGGUCUGGAGAAUGUGAAAUGGAGAAUAACGAAUAAUCCCACAUAAGCACUACGUGGUCACUUCGGCCAAGGGGCGGCAUGGAGGUGAUCUCGUCUAUGCUGUCUGGUGUUUUCGUAAAGACCAGAUCCAGGCAGUUUGCCCUUUGUCCUUCACGUGUUCUCGUUGGGAACAUGACAUGUUGUGUGAAGCACGCAUUUAAUGAUUUGCUCAACAGGCGGUAAUCGAAUGCCGAUUUUGGACCUGACGCUUGGAGGGUAUUCCAGUUUGUUCCUGGUGCGUUGAAGUCGCCCAUGAUCAUGAUGUUAGGUCGACUGGAAAAUUUCUCCAAUUGCUCCAGUAGUUGAGUGUCGGCGAUUCGGUCUGUCCUAGGUGGUCGGUAGACAGUGAGGACAUCGAGACACGGGGAACCGGUAGCCUUGAUGGUCAACCAGAUAGCUUCCGACAGUGCCAGACCUUCAUUCACAUACACAACGAUACAACCACCCUGACGCUGUUCCCUGUCCCUCCGAUAAAUUUGGUAUCCAGGCAAGGCUACUUCGUUAUCGCUAAUAUUCCCGGACAGCCAGGUCUCAUUUACUGCUAAAAUAUCUGGAGAGAGCUCGGCAAGGCAAAGUUUUAGUUCGUCUAGUUUCGAUACGAGGCUUUGGACAUUCGUGUACAAGCACCUCAGUUUUGCACCAGCCGAAUUUCCCGUGGCAUUUGUUACUGCUGUGAGCAUUACUCCGUUAUCGCGGACGUCGUGUUUCUAGGCUCUUCCGUUACCUGAUUGGUUCCAUUUACAUGCCUUGUCUCAGUCAGAUCACUGGACGCUACGGGCUCACUUGUGUUGGCGCCUUGAUCAGGUGGUUCGACGAUGGUGUCUGUUUUAGCUGAGUAGAUGUCGUCGUUCGUAGUAUUACAGGCUGGUUACAAUGAAACGGCAUAUAUUUCCGAACUACCUUCCCCUUGAAGAUAGUCAGAUUGUGUUCGCCACCCUUCAGUCUUGAUUUUAACUUCAAGACAAGUUCCCGGCGUUGAAACCGUUCCGCUGGUGAAUAGUCCGGUUGAAAAAAUCUGUUUGUGUGUGUUUCUGAGAUCGGUUUUUUUAGAGCGGAUAGAUUUGAUUUGCUCUUUGUUCUCCAGCAUAAUUUUGAGAGGGCGAGGUGGUUGUGCUGCUGUCCUGUCUUCACUCAUUUUUCCUAUCCGGAAUGCUUUGAGAACCUUUAUUUCCAUGUCUGCCGGGAGUAACUGAUUUAGCAGACCAUGAAAAGAAGCAAGGUCCUCUGAGACACAGUCUUCGGGUCUGACUAGCAUUCGAUUCUGACAAACCAUGAAUAACCAGACACUGCUGGCGAGCAUGGUCCUCCUUACUCUGUCUUUCCGGUAAAUGCGCUGCAUGUGGGCGAUGACGAUUUGCGGAGUCAUCGCUUGGACGCACACUUUUGCUGUCUACCGACUGUCCCGAGCAACCCAUCAGGGCUGGCUGUGACUUCAGAAUCCUGUCAUGGCGUCUCCCUCUCCCCUCUACCCACGGGUUUAUGUCUUCGCAUUCAGAUACGUGCUCUGUAGUGCGCUCGGGGUGGUUGCUAGAACAAGAGGGCAACAGUAGACUGGAUGACCCAGGUAUAUCGUCUCCAGGCAGAACAGAAAUCCCAUCACUUACAGCAAGAGGCUUAGGUGAGAUGGCUUCCGCGACAGGUAAUUUUUUGCGAAAUCGCUUAAGACAUCUUGCAUGGGAAUCGAGUCUGCCUUUAUCGGCGGCUUCGUUUUCAUUGUCUUGCUGUUACCGGCGUCUGCGGUUUUGGCUGUUGAGCUGCAACUCGUGCUUGAAGAUUCCCCCGUGGAGAUAUUUUUUCGCGUUUUUUGCGUUUUGCUCCUCGUUUUUGGGAUCCUAAAACUGGACACGUUCUGGCCGACAAGGGUCUGUUUCACGAGUGUCCUUAAAUCAGCAAGCUCCUUUUCGAGUUGUUCUACUUUGAUUUGGAUAUCUGCGCACCCACCACAAGGCUCGUCUUCGUACCUCACACUUUUUACGGUGCUUACGCUGUUUGCACGCUUUGCUGGUCGUUGACUGGAGGCAAAGGUAGAGCGAGCACAGGUUCUGGAUGCGAAGGACAACUCACCAGACUUAUCUUCCAAAGAGGUGCCGUCGCUGGCCGUACUAUUACAGUUAGCUUGCUGAGAAUCCAUAAACUUCGACGUUAUAUAAUAGGUAUAAUUUUGCUUUCGAUGUUGUAACGAAUACGUCGGCUUAAAGUGAGUAUUAAAAACUCAAUAAGCGAAAAAAUACUUAAAAUCCGAUAAAUUUUGUCGAAUUUAAUCAGAAGCGACUUAGCCCUUUCCAGAUCUCGUGGGACUUGAAUAACUGCAGACCUUGAAGGACUUUGAGCGAUUGGUUUUCUAGGCUGCAUAUCCGUGAUUCGGUUGCGUAGCAAGUUGCGUUGUCAGUUGGACCGUGCUGAUAAACAAAUCGUACUUAAUCCAGGUUCCUGGCGAAUUUCGAUGCUUGAAAAAAUAUUCCAAAAAUGCACAAAGCAAUUCCGUACGUAUGGUUCCAGUAUCAAUGUCAGAGGCGGUAACUGUGGAAUGGUAACCAAGUCGAAAUUGUCCCAGUUGGAGCGCAGAAAAUUCCGUCGUGCUCAGUUGGACUCAUUUCGAAACCAAACUGAUAGCCAUUUUUGUUCAUCUUGACUGCAUACACUCACUGGCGCCAGUAUCAAAAGGUCGCUUAGCAGGAGGUCGCCAGUUAUCUUUACAACAUCAUUUUCCAUUCAAAGUUAGAUCUCUGAAGCAUGACACAGACGCUGAAUACGGUUUACUACCAGGAUCUUGGUUUUGGGCCUCAAACUGUUAUUUUGUAGCAGCCAAAGGCGUUCGUGGUAGCAAUGUCAAGGUAACAUGAAGCACUAGAUUAAACAAUUGGCAAGUGCUGGUAUGAAAAGAGUUGUUGAAAGAGUCAUAUAUCUCAUCAAAACUGGGAGUAGAAAAUGUCAAGCAGUACGACAAGUAUAUCCUGUUAAUCAUCCUCAAAAGAAGACAAAGAUGAAAAGGGACGAUUGUCUGUGCCACACUGUAUUGGUGGUGACGUUUCGGAAACUUUCUCAGCUCCGUCAUCAAAUUGGUGAGGUGUCUGUCCCCGCUAGCCUGGAGUUGUUCUGUCUCGCCGCAUGUCUUUUGUUACAGGCAUGCCUGACGCACGAACUCUGACCUGCAUUCUUGCUGGGGAUUAGCCUUGGUCUCUUCGUGGGUGACCGCUGGCGCGCUCGUGUGACUUUUGCCCCCUGCCCGGCUGUCGUAGUCGCUGAAAGGUCUGUGUGCCCGUGAGACCUCCCCUCAUAACCGGAUGGGCCGAUCAGAUGCCGUUUCAUAAACAAAUUACGUUCGGUUGUUUGGGCGCGUUGGUGGGUCGAUGUCCCGCGUUGGUCGUGUGACCUCCGGCUGGCUCUUUCGUCCUUCUGUGAAGGUGACAACGGUUGGAGGAGCCGCGUCUCCCUCUCCCGUUUUGUCGGCCCUAUCCGGAAUGACAGGAACCCUGUUCGUAGCGCCUGGUAGGUCGGAUGAAGAUCAAUAGUUCUGUUGAUUGUGCCAACUGAAAACCAACUUUCGAGCACCAGUCUGGCCAUAUUGUCAUUGGUUAGAACGAGGACGCUUGCUUCUCCAAAGGCUAAACUGUGUUUUCCUGUUGCAUGUGGCCAUAUACCAGUGACAGUCUACCCCCGCGGUUGACUGCCAGCUCGUGCUCAUGCAGUCUUGUGUAGAGGCGUUUUCCCGUUUCUCCAAAAUACCUUACACUGAAAUUUUGGCACCGUAUGCUGUAGAUCACUGCUGAUUGUUCCAUUGCCGGUAGCGGGUCUUCGGGUCUCAUUACCUGCUGCCUGAUAGUGGAUUCCGGUCUAUGGCCACCUCAAUUCCAAAAGAGUUCAGGAUUCAUACUGUCACCUCGGAAAAAUUCCUCAGGUAGGGGAUCGUAAGCCAAAAGGUCGAAUUCUCACCUUUAGAUCGCUUACGAGUAGGCUUUCGUCGGCACUCACUUAGGAAAGAUCGUAGGUAACUACUGGCUGUGACUGAAGAAUUUAGAUAAUUUGCUUCCGCCUUUCUCCCGUCGUCGUCACUACGGUGUGUUUGAACUCGUAGGAAGAGAGUUCUGACAAAACUGCACUUGUGAUCAAUAAGGUAGUUGCUUCGGAAUUAGAGGAUGCGUCUAGUAUUUAUCGCCUUACGAUAUGCUGUAGUUCUUAUCCUCCCACUAGCCGUCCUUGAAAUAUUUACGUCGAAGAGGGGCAGCUGGUUGUUGUUUUCGUCCAUUGUAAAGUGGAUGUCUGGGAAUGCUGAGUAUAAUAUGACUUUAAAGUGCUGAACGUCAUUCCUCCCGGUUACGACAAAUGUGUUGUCGACAUAUCUUGUUCGGAACCUUGGGGAGUACGAACAGUGAGCCAUUCGUUCGAGUCGCUGCAGAACGGCCUUGACAAUCAACCCGCAGAGGGGGGAGCCCAUCGGUGUUCCCUUGUUCUGCUCGUAAACUCCGUCGUCAAAAUUGAAGAAAGUUCUGAAGCACAAUUACAGGAGUUCGACGAUGUGCGACCGUUUAAGUUGUUGAUUAACUUCAUCAUACAUAUUCAAAGAAGUUCCUCAUUUGUGCUGAUGGCGAGACGUGAAUAAGGAAACCACGUCAAACGAUACCCUUAUCUCGUCUGGUUCUAUUUCGAGACUUUCGAUACUUCUCAGGAGCUCUUCAACCGACUUUACCGUCCACUCGGAGCCCAAGAUGAGGAAAUGAAACCGUUGGUAAGUCAAUUUCCUGAGUCAAAAGGUCGGGGUAGUGCGUAGGGAGACUAUGAACCGUGGGGGAACUCCUGGUUUAUGCACAUUUGGCGGACCGUAGUAAAGUAGAACAAUAAGGGACAUUAUAUUUAGGCGAAGUGGUGUACUUUAAUAUUUAUCUGCCUUGCAUAGUAAAACGACCUUUUUCCGCCUUCAUCGCUCAAUCUCGACAUGUUGAUAUCGGGGAUAUAUUGACAAAGUGGCCAAAGUUGAUAUCCAGACAAUAUACUUAUCUAGACUUGUCGAUAUCGACGCAAUAUCUGGUCGAUAUCGAUAUGCUAUAAUUGAUGGCGACCGCCAUCUAUUAUAGCCGUAGGAAGUUGCAACUGAAAACAGUUUUAUAAUGGUAUCGAGGUGUCAGGCUAUGGCAAGGACCCAUGCAUGGUUUGGGACACGUCGUCCGGAUAGAGUGUGACUGAUUUGCAAUGGACCUAAGAAUGUAGUGUCGCAUAGGUACGGAUGAAGCAGGUAGAAUUAGUCACUGUGACCUCUCGUCCAAGUAUUAAUGAAGUCCUGUCAUUAGUGUAAGCUGAGAGCAACGAGAACCAUCACUAUGUGACUUCCACUCACAAUAAUUUAAUCCACGUUCAAGUCCUAUUUAUCGGGAUAGCUUCUAUUACAGAGACGGACUUCCAGCAAAUGAGAGGGUCCGUCUACCGUAAUCUACGGAGACCAUCAGAAAUCUGGAAAAGCAACAGUAACCUGUACAUUAGUCACUUUGUAUUGAGGCAGACUUGAGUAAAAUCUGCUUAACGUCCCCUUCCCACCUCUACCACGUCCAGGCGCUAAAACGAUGUCAAGUCCAAAGAGGGGCGUGGGUGUAGUGGUAGAGGUGACAGGAGACCAACGGCCAUAAAUUUUAGACUCUGGCUCCAGAUGAGCCAGUUUCAUUUCUUGAGUUUACACUAAGUUACCACAAAGAGGGGGCUGUUGUUGCCCGGUCACCAGUCUGAAGGACCGAAUUAUUUUCUCAGCAACCUUUCGUAUCCCGAAAUUCAUUCUCUCGCGAUUAUGGUGAAGAAACAUGGCAUAAAAUCGGUGUGAAUAAGUCAUAUGUUUGACUCCGUUCUUCUCACCAUAACAGUGCCCAAAUUCUUGUCUGAGAAUCGAGUCGACAGAUGGUACUGGACGUAGUGACUGAUUUGACGGAAUUCCCGUCUGACGCGUGCCAAACGUCUGCAUGGUCCCCGUCUAGGUAAAGGGCAACAACAUGGGGCGGUUCCGGAACCGAAACUUUGGCUUAAAUAGAAUACAAACAAACCGCCUAGGCAUUUAAAUGGAUACUUGCAUAGUUAGCGGCAGUAGACUCGGCAAAAUUGAAACGGAAGUUCACCGCCUCGAUCUAAGCAAAGGCCCUUAAAUUGACUCCGUCUUUGAUCGUUCAAAGGCUUCUCUCUUCAGGUUAUCAAUCCACAGAACAAGCUAUUUGGCGCUAGUCUUAAAGCACGUUUCAUCCCGAAAGACUGGAGCCAAUCCCUCGCCAUUGUCUACCGAAAUCAAGGACCAGGUGAGCUGUAG